AUGGUAUCUAACCUUGGCCUCCCGCCAAUCCCACCCAUCCUCCAACUUCACCGUCUCUCCACUCGUGGGGUUGAGGUUCUCUUUGUCGUGAUGACUGGUUCGAUCAUUGAGACAAUGCAGAUCUGGGGUAGCCGCCAUGAAAGCGCCGCAACGCGCCAAGUCGAGCUAGAAGCACACAGGUCGAAGGAUCAGCCACCCGAUUCUUUUGCUACCAUGCAAUGGCCUUCCUCGAUUAGGAUUCCUCAGGCUUCACAGGCGACAGGCCGGCAUGGUGGGCAAACCGAGUGGUUGGACCGGUGUUGUGCGGUGCUUCUCUCCUUUUUACACAUCCUCGCCAGCACAAGCAUUAUCUACAAAGAAUUAGGUCACGCGCGAGUAUGCACCGACUUCCAAGUCCCAGGCGAGGGUUUGACACUACAGAAGCUCCCUUUGUCUGGCCGUCGGGCUAGCAACACGCUUCUGUCAUGGUCGAUUCUCGAUUGCGGGAAUAACCAAUUUUCUGUAAAUCAAUCAGAGGAGUUGCCAAUUGAACUAACCGAUCUGCGUGCAUCCUCUGCGAUCCCCUCAAUGACGAUGCCAACAGCGAGCUUGACUUUCCUGAAUCGGCUCACCUGCAGCUUUUAUUUGUCGGGUGGCGCUUUUUGGUCUAACUGCUUUACCUUGUCGUUUUUGCCCAUUACUUCUGGUUCGGGUCCGGCUUGGAGGGAUCUUGGCAUCUGCCUUUUUGAGCCUGAUGGUGAUGACAAUGGGGAUGUGCUGAUAUUUGAAGCAUCACUUCUCGCUCGGCACACUGUUGUUGGGUACAGUCUCGAAGAAGUUAUUCCCGAGACGCAGCUUGAUGACUUGACAGCUCUGGACCGAUCUAUGAGCAGUAUUUCAGCAUCUGGACGGAAGGACUCUGGGACAGAUUGGACUGCUAAGGAACUCUAA